AUGGCUUUAAGAUGGUGCACUUACUUCAACAAAGUAAAUUCAGAAAACUACCAAUUCCUGUCUUAUUAUGAGUAUCGAGCAAAACAACGCGACUUUUCUUUUAUAUUUGAGAUAGAAGCCCGGUCAUUAAAAAGGGAUCUUGAAAAAUUGGUUAUUUAUGGCUCAAGAGAUAUGAAGAAAUCCGCUACUCGUAUGAAAAAAUGUUUUAAGGGCGACACCUACGCCAUGUCGUCUUACGGACUACGUCUCUGUUGUGUGGAGGUCGUGGCGAUUAACACAACUAAGGGCGACACCUACGCCAUGUCGUCUUACGGACUACGUCUCUGUUGUAAUCAUCGGAAAAAUUUUAAAGAUGUAGGUGCCUUUUGGGAAAGGAUUGAAAUCCGUAAAGAAAUGAGUGAAACUUUACGAUCUACAGAGAUAAACGUUGUUCGCUCCGUAAUGUGCAACUCCAUUGAUACUUGUGAAAGCUUAGUAACGAGUGAACGCGCUUCUUUUGAAAAUAUAAACAAUAUAUACCAUAAAAAUCAUUCAAAAGGCAACGAAGAAGGACAAGACGUGAGAAGGUCGGAUGAAGAUGUUAAUAAGCAGAUGUCAUCUCGCAAGCGAGGUGUUAAUUUUGAAGAAAUACCAAUAACUCAAACAAAAAAAGUGAAAUUGAAUUUCGAGGAAUGGACUUGUGAAGAUGUUAUAGAAUUCAUAAAGUCUAAGAAAAAUGUGACUCAUUUUAGUGAUGAUCAAAUUACAAGAAUAGAGAAUAAAAUGAAAGAACAAGAGGUGGAUGGACCAGCUUUUAUUAGUCUAGACCAAGAAACACUUUCUCGUCGACAUGGCCUGUUUGAAUUCACUUAUGGUCUCUCGGUAGGCAUUAUGAGAUUAAUUAGGGAUUUAGUUAAGGAUAUCGAUGUGAAUUCGAGUGAAUAA